ACGAGCCAGGACAUGUGCUAAUAACGCCCUAAGCCGGUUAUAAAGACGUGGAAAUUGGGGGGAGAGGGAAAAAAAAGGGGGGGAAAGGGUCUGUCCUUCCUGGGAUUCCUAGCCGAGUCCAGCCUGCUGCCGUGUGCGUGUGCGUCAGGGCUCUCCCGGCGGCAAUGGGGGCUUGAGAACCGCGUCCCCGGCGCCGGGAAGGGAGCGCGGCGGCCGCCACCGCCACCGCCCCGGAGUCAGGCGCCGAAGCUGCGGGCGGGCGGGCGGGCACGGGCGCGGGCCGGGGCUGCUUGGCGCGGCACGGUGCGGUGCGGCGGCGGCGCGGCGCGGCGGUGCGGGCUUUACCCAGGCGCCCCGGGGUCGGGUGGCACCGAGCGCGACCGGCUCGCGGCGGCGGCGGCGGCGUGCGUGCCAGGGGCUGGGGGCUCGGCCGCUUCGCCCGCGGCUCACCGGGCUCCGCGCUUCCCUCUCUCCAGGGCAGGCGGCUUCGCAGAGCACGAAAGCUCCAGCUGACGGCAUCAUCUCCCACCAGUUUAUCCAACUUCUGCCAAGGCUCUGAAAUGCCAACUAUGUCAAGGCCUGCACUUGAUGUCAAGGGUGGCACCUCACCUGUGAAGGAGGAUGCCAACCCAGAGAUGAGCUCGCUGGCCUACUCUAACCUGGGCGUGAAGGAUCGCAAAGCAGUGGCCAUUCUGCACUACCCCGGGGUGGCCUCGAACGGAGCCAAGGCCAGUGGGGCUCCCACUAGUUCCUCGGGAUCUCCAUCUCCAAUAGGCUCUCCUACCGCCACCCCUCCCACUAAACCCCCACCCUUCAACCUGCACCCUGCCCCUCAUCUCCUGGCCAGUAUGCAGCUGCAGAAACUUAAUAGCCAGUAUCAUGGGAUGGCCGCCGCCGCCGCCGCCGCCACUCCGGGCCAACCUGGGGAGGCAGGGCCCCUACAAAACUGGGGCUUUGGGGCUCAGGCGGGAGGGGCGGGGUCACUCUCUCCUUCUACCGGUGCCCAGAGCCCUGCUAUCAUUGACUCGGACCCAGUGGAUGAGGAGGUGCUGAUGUCGCUGGUGGUGGAACUGGGACUGGACCGAGCCAAUGAGCUUCCGGAGCUGUGGCUGGGGCAGAAUGAGUUUGACUUCACUGCGGACUUUCCAUCUGGCUGCUGAUGCUCACCGUCCCUAAAGAUGGAGGAACAAAGCCACCGAUUCUGUUGUAAAUAAAAAAAUAAAAGUUACUUACAAAGAGAUGGGCCA